GCAGUUCGUGAAUCACUUCAUUUAAAGGCGAAGUGAAAACUGACACCAUGUUUGGUUUGGUGUAAUAGAUUAGUCAUUACACCCCUAUUCCGUGGGCUCCACUAAUCCCCAAUUAAUCUCGUGUUUGGUUUGAUGUAUUACCUAUUACAGGCCUAUUACAACACGGAUGUAUUCCUCAUUUUCUCUGCUUCACCAACGAUUAGCCAUUCCGUUCCAAAAGUAAGGAUUAGCUAAUCGUUUCUGUUUUACCCUCCCCAGCCAAAAUCUGCUGCUCCACCCUACCCUCUCCCUCCCAACAUCAAUAGCAGUUUUCUUCGAACCAAAUCUCCACCGUCUCAGAUCGCCAGUGAGUAAUCCCAACAGCAGUUGCCAAUGAAAAUUGCCCUUUCUUCAAAAACCCAGCCCUAAAUCCUUCUCCUCUUUCAAUACUCCAUUCGAACAGGUUGUGGCGUCUCCGUCCUUUGAGCUGCAGCUAUAAUUCACUGCUGAUUCUUGCGAUCCAUGCAUGCAUGCUCUGUUAGCGGCUUGACUUGCAGUCUGGAAGGAUUAAUUCACUGCUGAUUCUUGUGAUCCACUGCUUCAUUUUUUCUCUCGGUCUCAGCGUUUGGUUUGAGUAAUGGCUCGUCUGCCUUUAAUUGCACAAAGUGUGAGGCGUAAAAGAAUUGGUACUGCUGUGACAAUUUGGUUGGAAAUCUGUAGAAUUGCGAUUUGGUUCUUAUUUAGAAUGGGUGCCAGCCUUAGCCUACAUAGACCAAGGAUUAGGUCCUAUACCUUAGAUUUUUAUGCAAAACGGGAUUAUGUGAAAAGGCUUGUAUAUGCUAGUGACGAGACCUGUAUUGAACAAGUUAGGAUGAAUAGAACCGCCUUUGUUAAACUAUGUGAGAUGUUAGAAUCGAUAGGGGGAUUGAAGUCGUCAAGGUUCAUGCUUGUUGAUGAGCAAGUAGCAAUGUUUUUACAUAUCAUCUUCCAUCACCUGAAAAAUCGAGUUAUCAAGCAUCACUUUAGAAGGUCUGGGGGAACUGUUAGCAGAGCAUUUCAUAGUGUUUUAAAUGCUGUCAUACGCUUAAAGGAUGUGUUAUUUAAAAAGCCGGAGCCAAUUACAGCCGAUUCUUCUGACACAAGGUGGAAAUGGUUUAAGAAUUACUUAGGUGCUCUUGAUGGAACCCACACCAAGAUUAGGGUUCCAACAGUUGAUAAACCUAGAUACCGAAUGCGAAAAGGUGACAUAGCAACAAAUAUGCUAGGUGUUUGUACACCUGAGAUGCAAUUUGUUUAUGUUCUUCCUCGUUGGGAAGGUUCAGUUGCCGAUGGACGGGUUCUUCGAGAUGCCAUUAGUAGAAGACAUGGAUUAAAAGUUCCUCAUGGUUGUUAUUAUCUAGUUGAUCUUGGAUACACAAAUUGUGAGGAUUUCUUGCACCAUUUAGAGGACAAUGAUAUCAUUUGA